AUGGAGGUGGACAGCCCUAGUGAUCCGUCAUCCACCCCCGCGGAGGACCGGCGCAAAUCUGGUCGAAUGACGCGGCGACCAGACAUAUUCUCGCAAAGCACACACUCAUCCCAUGAACUGAGCGCCAGCGGCAAACGAAAGCGUGGGGACGCGCAAGGAGCCGAGGAUAGCGACAAUGUGUUGUCGGAGUCGGAGAGUGAUGCGAUCGAGGAUGAUACCGAUGAGGAAGAGCUAAGAGAAAGGCAACGCGCCGCUCGCAAGGCCGGAACCACCAAGAAGACCACCUCGAAGAAGUCAUCACACGCAUCAAAGAAGCCAAAAGUCACAGGCAACGGAGUCAGAAGACAACUUGCCUUCCGGCCUGCCGUCAACGGCGGAGUCUCGGCCUCGCGUCCUCGCAAGCCCAAGGUGCGACCUAGCCUAGCGGCAGGCGAACGUGGACUUUACGCCGAGGUCUUUGGCAAGAGCAACAACGCAGACACGGUAGCCGCGCAAUUCCUAAAUCUAUACCAGCGCGAGAACGCAACAGCAAUUCGGGACCUGAUAAACCUCGUGAUUCGAUGCACCGGAUCUGAUCUGGAGAUUACAACGGAGGAUGUGGAGGAUGUGGAUCAUGCCCCGGAUCGAAUUCGGGAUUUGCAGGGCCUCUACCAGGCUGAAGGGUUCACCGAAUACCCUCUAAUCUCUCGAGCAAAGAAGUACAGAGCUUUCCAACCAGUGCUCGAGGAGUUCACAGUCGCGCUCAUCCAGACUUUCCACCAUUCAUCCGUCUUGUACACCGAUGAGUCGCUCAUGGAGAACAUCCAAAUUUGGCUUUCCUCCAUGUCCACUGCCAACUGUCGUCCAUUUCGGCACACUGCUACCGUCAUUUCACUAGCAAUCAUGAAUGCGCUUUGUGACAUCGCACGUGAGGUUACAACAACCCUGUCAACUUCUCGCAAACAGCUUGAGAGUGAGAAGAAAAAGAAGUCCGUGAAUAAGGGCAGGACAGAAGCAAUUCAAAAGACCAUUUCUGAGGGGGAAGAAAAGGCGCAGCAACUAGACGAGCUCUUGCAGGAUUGCUUUGAUACUAUAUUUGUCCAUCGCUAUCGCGAUGUCGACGGCAAUAUCCGUGCUGAGUGUAUUGCAGCCAUGGGCGGAUGGAUUCGCACAUACCGGGAAUUUUUCUUUGAAGGUCAAUACCUUCGAUACAUUGGAUGGACCCUUGCCGAUGUUGUUCCGGGUACUCGGUUGAUCGCAUUGUCGCAACUACUUCCCCUCUACGAGAACAAGGACAAUAUCGGUGUCCUCCAUUCUUUCACAGAGCGUUUCCGUCAACGUAUUGUUGAGAUGGCCGUUCAAGAUGCCGAGAUUGCCGUGCGUAUCGCCGCUGUCGAGCUGCUGAUUCAUCUUCGAGACGGAGGAUUGCUUGAACCAGACGAUAUCGACUCUAUCGGACGUUUGGUCUUUGAUGUCGACCCUCGAAUUCGGAAGACUGCAGGCCAGUUCUUCGUUGCAAACGUUCAGGAUGCGUUCGAGUCGAUGACGGAAGAAGUGGAAGAUGAACUCAAUGAGAUGUUUCCCGAUGAUGAUGAGGAUGAUUACGAAUCACCGAAACGUUCGUGGAUUAAGUUCAAGUGUCUGGCCGACAUAUUCCAGGCUUAUGAUGCACAAGAGGGCGGACAAUCAGAGGUUUCCAUUACAUCCCGAGGCGUGCUUUCGGGGGCCCCAGCGAAUUCACGCUUUGUUUUAGCUACUGAAGCUAUUUACCUCCACAUGGCGGAGCUCUCUCAAUGGCAGUCUCUGGCUGGGUACCUGCUUUAUGACCACUCCCAAAUCGCCGAUGAUCCGCCUGAGGAUGAUACCACGGGAAUUGUCCGCAAUCUGUACAAGAUGCAGGAAGGAUUAGAAUCGAUUCUCCUUGAAGUCCUCUGUGCUUCUGUCAAACUCCGGGUACUUGACAUUGCGAAAUCUGACAUUGACAAACGGGGGCGUAAGGUCAAGGCGUUGACAACCAAGAUCCCCGAGCUCCAGGAAGAGAUCUCUCACAACCUUGCUCAAAUCAUUCCCCAACUACUCAACAAAUUUGGCUCCUCUCCAGAAGCCGCAUCUGCUGUUUUACGACUGGAGCAUCUGGUGGACCUCGAUACCAUCCAAGAUCUUCAAAAGGAUGCCACGGCGUAUGCAUCUUUGCUUAAUGAAAUUAAUCGGCAAUUUUUGACCCACUCCGAUCAAGAUGUCUUGGCAGAGGCUAGCGUGGCUUUCCUGCAUGCCAAGAGCUCCGAGGAAAUGCGGGAAGCACUUGAGGGCAAAGUUCAGGAGUUGUGGGAUGACUUGGUGGAGGCACUCGGUGUUUUAUCUCGCAAAAGGGAGGUCCAGAACGGCAGCUCUAUCGCCGAUCCAACUUUGACCGAACUCGCCAAUGCUGUGACGCGUAUCUCGAAUCUUGCUGGUAUCACGGACAGUACCGCGAUUUUGGAAACAGUGCCCAUCUCGCAUUCAAGGUCUAAGAAAGAUCAUCCCGAGGCUCCUUUUAAUACCCUGAUUCAUCUUACCAUGCGUGGCACCCGUGAGCCCGAUGAGGAUGAAGAUAUUGCCAGAGCAGAGACCGAGUUGGUAACCCACAGUAUUAACACAUUGUUGUUCUACUUUAUGUGGAAAGUACAGGCUCUAUCAUCUGCCCUGAAUGAGGGCAAUGCCUCUUUUAACACAUCUUACUUUGAAGCACUUACAAAAAGUCGUGAGACUUUUGCAUCCUCACUUCUACAAAUCAUGGAGAAGCGGCCUGGUCUUGAUGAUGUACGCUUUAUUGCUACUACCACAUACAUUGAUCUUCAAACACUAUUUAGCACACUCCGCAACAUGGGUCAAGGCAUUGGUAACGACGAAGAUGUUAUUUUCCAGACUCAAACUCUGGUACACGAAACCUCACCAGAGGCCCAGGCUCUUAUCACCAAGAUCCACGGCAUUGCCGAACGCACAUUCGCCAAAAAACUUGGCAAAGGUCUCGAUGUUGCCGAGGAUGAUGAACCGGAAUCUGAAGACGAGCCUGAGGACGAUGACGAGGGCGACGAUUCAGAAGAUGAGGCCGUGAUAGACGAGCGACUUCGCAGCAGUAUCAUCGCUGAGCAGCGCCUAUGCGAAUUGACCGGCAAGAUCGUCCUGGCUAUCAUCGGCCGGGUCAUCGAUGCCUCUGGCUCAAAACGCGGUUCAUUGAAAAAACGCUUGCUUCGUAACAAGACUUCUCUUGGUCAAAAUUACCGCGAGGUCUUGUCAUAUAUGGAAGAGAGAAAGCCUCGCAGCGCACCCCGUAGCAAGGGUAAGCAGCCUGCCAAACCAGCCGCCGAGGGCCAGACACCUGGUGCAGGCGGCAAAGAUUUCAAGUCCACGGAGCAUGUGGACGAAGAAGAUAGUGAUCACGCCGACCCUGCGGAAGAGGAUGACGAAGAAGAUCUGCGUGCCCGUGAACUUGUCGAGGAAGACAUCGAUCACGAAAAUGACGAGAACGAGGAGCUGAAUAACGGCACACCCGAACCGGAUGAGGAUGAGGUUAUGGGCGACUAA